AUGCCAAUAUCUGGCCAGCUGGUGGAUAAUGGAGGAGGAGGAAGUGGCGGCAAUAAAGCUGUACUCUUCAUGAUCUUCCAACUCUGCUCCCCCACGUUCCCUGCGGUGAUGCUGGCAGUUGUUUUACAUCACUCUGGCCCCAAAGCAGUGCUGGAAGAGCACGAAAAUUACACAUGUCCCACACUAGACCCAAGGGGUAGGAUCCCCCGUUGGAUCCCAAAGUUAGGGAGGCUGAGUGGACUUACUUAAAAUGUAUUAAAAAAAAUAAAAUAAUAAUUUGUAAGUGAAUGUGUACAGAUGUGACUGUGUGUAAAAUUAGUGAGUGUGUCCUGUGUGUGUCAGUGUCCUCUGUGUUCAACUAUUAUAUGUGUAUUAUUUUCAUUCUGUGACUCUUAUACUGCAGAUUAAUAGUUCAUACACUCCUCCUUACAUAUACAGUAUUUAUAUUGUCAUAUUUAUUUCAAAAAUAUUCUUUACUACCUUUAGUCAGGCUUGUUCUCCAAUAUGGGAUUAAUUUAAAUAUCAGUGUCUAAACGUUUCAUUUGGAAUUUAUAUUAAUAGAAAUUCCUUUCUCGGGGCAGGGUUACUUAGGAUUAUUUUUAUUUUUUUACACCUGCAGAUGUACUUCUUUGUAAAAGGUUGAGAAAUACUGGGCAACAUGAUCACUAUGGUGAGCAAUUAAGGGAUUUAUUUUAAAAUAUAUUUAAAAAUUUUAGUGCAUUUGUGUAUGUAAUGCAAAAGUGCUAUAAGUAUACCCUGUUCUCCUAUUUACUAAACUAGGCAUGUCCAAAAAAAUAAAUAAAUCUAUCCUUAAGACCAAAUUUACUUUUAAAUUACAAGUAGACUAAUGAUGGAUUGUUUAGCGACUCGACCAGACAGAACUAUGACUAUUUUCUAUGCUCCCUACUGUAAUUGUGUCUGUCUGCCUGGGACUAUCUGUGUGUGUAUGUGUGUGUGACUGCCUGUGACUGUAUGUGUGACUGUGUGUGUGUCUGCCUGUGACAGUUUGCGUGUGACUGUGCGUGUGCGACUGUUUGCGUCUGACUGUGUGUGUAACGGUCUACCUGUAACUGUGUGUGUGAAUGUCUGGCUGUGACUGUGUGACUGCCAAAAAUAGGACCCGCCCCGGGUGCCAAGUGGCCAGCUGGCAAGCUCUUGGGCCCCCUAGGACACAAGGCAAACAAGGGAUCUGCCUGGGCGUUUGGCGGUGGCUUUUUUUGCCGCCCACUUCAAAGUACCGCCCAAGGCAAAUGCCUUGUUUUCCUCACAAUAAAUACAUCAUUGCCUAUGACGCUAUCUAAGUGUGUGUUACAUAGGCUGAAAAGAGACAUGUAUCCAUCAAAUUCAGCCUUCCUCACAUUUUUGUUUUGCUGUUGAUACCCUGCUGGUUUGUCUAAUAAAACAGAAUGGACAGCAAGCCUGGGGAACAAUAUUGGGGCGUAUUCAUUAAAACAACGAACUGUAAAAUGAAAACCUCAAUUGCAACAUUUGGGCUAAGAUAGCUAAUGUAGGAAGAUUCUCCUACUCUGCUAUAGUGUGAUUGGCUAUUUUACUCUGGAUUUUGCAGUUCAGGUUUUACUUUUCUACUAUCGGCUGUUUAGCGAAUACACCUUAUAUUGUGCCUGGUAAGGGGGUGAUAUUAAUAUAAUAGGAGUUGCAACUGGCAUGUAUCGUAAUGCGAGUUUCCAUGUAGAAAGGACAAUCCCUUUUUUCUAGGUGCUCCAUAUUGUUUGGGUGUCUGCAUGUAAAGUCAGUCUGUGUAAAUAAGAUACAAUGUUCUUGCUCUACAUUACAUUUUAAGUUCCAUAAAUUGUUGUUAGUAACUCAUCUAAAAUUUCUCAGAACAGCCCCGCUCCUGGCCACACCCCUACUCACACCCUUAAAAAUAAAGUUUCGCUCUUUGUCUAUUUGAAAUGUUGGGAGGUAAACGUAAUAUUAUGGUAAUUAUAUAGCGCCAACAAAUUCUGCAGUGCUUUACAGUGGGUGAACGAACAGACAUGUAGUAGUAACCAGACAAGUUGGACACACAGGAACAGAGGGGCUGAGAGCCCUGCUCAAUGAGCUUACAUGCUAGAGGGAGUGGGGUAAAAUGACACAAAAAGGUAAGGAUAGUAUUAGACUAGUGACAGUUGCAGAAGAGGAAUCAGUCCAGAGCUAUUAACCGUUUAAUUGAUACGUUUUUAUGAAGAAGUGUGUUUUUAAUGAUUUUUUUGAAGGAGUGGAGACUGGGUGAGCAUCUAACAGACCAGCCUUUUCAUAUAUCUAGCUAUUGACCUUUCCUCUCACUAUUUUAUUAAAUGCGCACAUGCUUUGUAUUGUGCAUCCUCUGAAUGUCCUGAUUACUGUUCACUGCAGAUAUGGGCAUUUCUGUGUCCUCAGGGUGAUUGUUCAAGCAGAGUUCAAUUAAGCUAUAGUUCAAGUAAGGUCUCAUUGCUUUCUCUGUCUUCAUGGUCUAAAUCAAAUUAAAACAAACCUUGAAUGAUAAGCUAACAGAAUUUUUUAUUUUUUUAAAAAUAAGGAACAAAAAUCUUGAAUGUAACCUAAUAGCAGACAAUGCAUUAAUUUUAUCAUGAAUCAAACUAGCCAGACUUUGAAGUUACGCACAAUCACAUGGAAAAACUGUUUAUUUUUUUUCUACCUCUUUUGUUUGCAGCAUGGAGUUUGUCUGUUUUAAUGGAGUUGUGUGUGUGCUUUGUUAAAGUGGUGUAUAAAUGCGUGGCUUUACUUGUGUGGAAGGCCAGGGUGCUUGGAUGAUGUGUGCCAAGACUCAGCCAACCUUCAUAGACCCUUCCUGAAAAAUUUCCACUUUUUUAUUUUGCUUUCCUUAUUGUACAAUUUAGAAUUUCUUCUAUCCUUUUCUUUUAAUAGCUUGCUAGAGCUUGCAACAACAACUUGCUGUGUGUUUAAUGUUCAUUUAAUAGCUAGAGAUAAGAAUUUGUAAAGUAAACACACUGCUCUGUAAUAUCUGAUUGAAAAUGAGGGAUAUUAACUAAACGGCCCUCCCAUCCCCACACAAUACACACAAACAUACAGCACUCACACUAACAGCACCCUCACACAUACUAACAGCACCCUCACACAUACUAACAGCACCCUCACACACACUAACAGCACCCCCCCACACACACUAACAGCACCCCCCCACACACACUAACAGCACCCCCACACACACCCAACAGCACCCCCCACACUAACAGCACCCCCCACACACCAACAGCACCCCCACACACACUAACAGCACCCCCACACACACCAACAGCACCCCCACACACUAACAGCACCCCCACACACACCAGUAACAGGAACCCUCCACACACACACUAACAGCCUCCCACACACACUAACAGCACCCCCCCACACACACUAACAGCACCCUUACACCCACAGCACCCUUACACCCACAGCACCCUUACACCCACAGCACCCUUACACCCACAAACAGCACCCCACACACACACACAGCACCCCACACACACACACAGCACCCUUACACACACACACAGCACCCUUUACACACACACACAGCACCCCACACACACACACAGCACCCUUACACACACAUACAGCACCCUUACACACAGCACCCUCACACACACAUACAGCACCCUUACACACAGCACCCUUGCACACACUAACAGCACCCUUACACACAGCACCCUCACACUAACAGCACCCUUACACACACACACUAACAUCACACACACACACACAUACAUACAGCACCCUUAUACACACAUACAGCACCCUUACACACACACAUACAAACACAGCACCCUUAAAUACACAGCGCCUUCACACACACACAGCGCCCUCACACACACAGUGCCUGCAAACACACGCAGCGCCCGCACACACACGCAGCGCCCGCACACACAGCGGUAUAUGUGUGUGUGUGUGUGUAUAUAUAAUAUAUAUACGCGGCGUGUGUUUGUGCUUUAGGGUGCACACCCUUAUACAAUAGGCUGCGCAUGCCUAUGGUUACAUUAAACAAAGGGGUAAACUGAAAGACAUUAGAAGGAAAUUAUUAUUAUUUGUGUUGUGUUCCUGUAAACCAUGACAACAUGUUUUGGACUUUGCAACAACCUCAUGUUAGACAAGUAGAACAUGUUUUGUUAUGUCAUUGUUAGUAAAAAUCGACUGAAAAUCAAUCCUGCCUAUGUGUCUGGUGCUCAGAAGUAGGAAUAUUACUUCUAAUUUUACUAUUUUUUCUGACAUGUUUGUUUCCUAUCUUUAUAUUUAAUUUUAAAUGAGAAUGGAGAACUGAUGAUCUAUGUAAAAUGACUUCUAAAAUAGGCUCUGUAAAAGUCAUCUAUAUACCUCAAAUGAAAACUUGCACGCAUUAAAGGGACACUAUAGUCACCAGAACAAUUACAGCUUAUUGAAUUUGUUCUGGUGAGUAGAAUCAUUACUUUCAGGCUUUUUGCUGUAAACACUGUCUUUUCAGAGAAAAUGCAGUGUUUACAUUACAGCCUAGUGAUAACUUCACUGGCCACUGCUCAGAUAGCUGUUAGAGAUCCUUCCUGGGUCAUGACUGCCUAAAAUGGAUCCAAAUGUUCAGAUCUCCUCCCUCUGCAUGCAGGCACUGAACUUUCCUCAUAGAGAAUCAUUGAUUCAAUUCAUCUCUAUGAGGAGAUGCUGAUUGGCCAGGGCUGUGUUUGAAUCAUGCUGGCUCUGCCCCUGAUCUGCCUCUUUGUCAGUCUCAACUAAUCCUAUGGGGAAGCAUUGUGAUUGGAUCAGGCUACCACAUGUCAGCAGACUGCUUGUUUUUCUGAGUCUGACAGCAUGCAGAGUUACAGCUUCAGGUUUGAAUACAGUAAGAUUUUGCUAUAUUUAUGGAGGCAUGAGGGGUCCAGGGGGGCUAGAUGGUGGUGUUAACACUAUAGGGUCAGGAAUACAUGUUUGUGUUCCUGACCCUAUAGUGAUCCUUUAAUAAAUUAGUGGGUAAAAAACAGACUGUACAUCAUUAUACAAAGUUCCAGAUCAAUACAGCGAAAAACAAAUUCCAAGGAUCUAGGGAAGCUAAAUGGAUACAUAGAUAUUAACCAAAGCAAUAAUAAAUCGGUGCGUGGUGUCCAUAUAUACAAUGCCAGUCCUCAAAUGAGGGCAUCUAAUCCGAGAUGAAUGAGGUGUACAAAAUUUAACGUGACAAUAUUGUAUUUUGAAUUAUAGGAACAGAGGACAGUUUAUAGAUUGACUCUGGUGAAAGCUUGGAAUGUGGAUGAAUUAAGAGCAUAUGCCGAUUUGGUUACCGUUGGUAGACCGGAUUUCAUUGAAGUGAAGGUAAGCAAGUUGGGUUUGGGAUAAUUACGUUACCAUGCCAGGUUUGCGAGAAUUGUAUUGAAUGUUUAUUCAUGUGUUGAUUUUAUUUUAAUUUUUUUCAUGUCACAUGUACAUGCAUGGAUUUUUUUAUUGUUUGUGUUAUAAAUUUCUGCAUCCUAAAAUUAGUCUUUUUGGUUUAUUUGGUCCAAUUGAAGGCUUGGAUGUCUGUGUCUUCUCAGUUAGUGAUUCCUGGAUGAGACUAUGCAUGUACAUUUCUAAAAAACAAAACUUAAUAUUCUGUAACUGAUUCGUGGCCCACUUUGUUUGUUCUGAUGCAUCUUAUGACAUUAUUUAAGAUCUUCCAUAGUGGAACAGUGCAAAAUUAUUUAGAAAGUUAGACGCCUACACUGCAUACCUCAGGAAUGUUUAAUACUCAAGAACUAAAUGUCUAAAUGAACUUUGAUUUUUUUUUAUUGUAAUGAGAACCAUAUUGCUUAUACAGUCUUAAAUCUCUUUUAAAAAAUGUAUUUACUUGGAAUGAAAUACAUUUUUUUGUGUAGCAUGUGUUAAACCACUAGAUUUAAUUUUGAUAUUCAUGGAACUAUGAAAAUCAUUGAAAAAAAAUAAGAAUAUAUUUCUAUUAAAGGGACUGCCACCAUUAUUUUGAGAGAUGCACAUACUAUUAAUCUAAACCUAUUUUCCUCAUGUUAUCACUUAAAUAACUUACCCAUAAUGUGUCUAACUCAACUGAUUUGCAUGCUUUCCAACACCUAUACAAAAACUAAGUUAGAACAGACACUGUUUCCACUCAAUAUUGGUUUUAAAAAUGUCAGCAAGUCAAAUGGUUAGAUUAAAAAAAAAGUACAUGAUGAGAAAAUAUCCUGCCAUAUGGAAUGUAUAACCCAGGCUCCAUGAUAUUUAAUUUCCAGAAACAAAUGUCAAAAUCUCUGCUGUAAAUUACAGUGACACACACAUCAACCAAAGAGCUUUUUUUAAUAUUGAAUACGUAAACUUUAAAUUGAUUGGAUGGUGGUGUGCAGUGAAUGGAGAGACCUAGCCCUGUCAUCAGUUUGAAUGACUUAUGCUCCUCUAACAGAGAAUUCUGAUUCAUUCACCCAUAUCUAUCAUCAUGCUCAACCUGCUAGCAUUUAUUUUUGUUAAAAUGGGAAUUUCUCUGCAUCUCUUGUCCAUCAGAUCAGUGUCUAAAAUAAUUCUGCUUGCUGAAUUCCUACAGCAUUUUUUUUGUAGAGAUGAGCUGUGUAAGUUUUAUUGUAGCUUAUUUUUGGUAGCAAAGUAAAAGUAUACAAUUAAAAUACGUUUUGUUUGGUUUUGAGGAGAUUUAUCAAAUCAAAAACAAGUGCUAUUCUGAAGGUCUGUGCUAAAUGAGGAGCAGUCACAAUGAAAACCAACAGAAUGCCUCUAAACAUUAACAUGGCUCUGUCACCCCAAGCAUACCUUUCUCCCAAGGUUUUCUCUUCUCUUCCUCAUUUAGAUUCUGUUGUUCUUUUCUUCCUUUCUCAUAUAUUUCUCUUUUAAAACAAAUGACCAAGUAGGGACUUCUUUUACUUAUGUAUCUCUCCUAUGCUUAAAGGGACUCUCCAGUGCCAGGUAAACAUAUUUACCUGGCACCACCUCCUAUCCCAAGUUGCUGAAGGGGUUAAAACCCCUUAAGUGACUUGCCGGAGUCCAACGCCGAUGUCACUCGGUGCUGGGUCAUGCUCCGCCUACUCUCCUCCCCAGCCGACGUCAGCAGGCGGGGGGGACCUAUUGCACAUUCGCGGAAAUGGCCGCACACGUGCAUUACAUGUCCCCAUAGGAAAGCAUUAUUCAUUGCUUUCCUAUGGGGAUUUUGGCGACGCUGGAGGUAAUCACAUAGCGUGAGGACAUCCAGCGUCGUCUAACACACUUUUCGUGUUGUAAGAACACUGAAGUCCCUCUAGUGACUGUCUGAUAGAUAUAGGAAAGCAUUGCGUUGGCUGAGAUUGCCAAUUCUGAUGAUUUCAGCUAAGGAGGUGGGCCUGGGGCAGAGCCAAAUGCCAACCUGGCCAAUCAGUACCUCCUCAUAGAGAUGCAGUGAAACAAUGCAUCUUUAUGAGAAAUGUUUAGUGUCUCUAUGCAGAGGGUAGAGACACUGAAUGUCAGUGUUACACAGCUUGCAAUACCGUCCCGGAAGCACCUCUAGUAGCCAUCCGAGGAGUAGCCACUGGAGGUGUCCCUAGGCUCUAAUAUAAACACUGCCUUUUCUCAGAAAAGACUGUGUUUACUGCGAAAAGACCGUGUUUACUGCAAAAAGACUACAGGGACUGACUAAACUCACCCGAACAACUACAUUACGCUGUAGCUGUUCUGGUGAUUAUUGUGUCCUUUUAUAGCAAGUUCCACUUCCUUUGUCAAGAAAACCUUUCUUAUAGCACUCACGUUUCCAUCCAGUCCUUCCUCGUAGUCUCACAAGAUCACUGAUCUGCAUCGAGCAUGUGGGGAGUUAGAUCACUUCAUAGUCUGGGCAGAAGAAGGCAGUGAAGUUGCAUCACAGCCAGUAAUUAGAAGAUGGUGGUCCCUGGAAAAAGCCAUAAAGAAUACUAGGUUGGUAUUUGGUUGCUAAAUACUUUAUCAGGACUUUGAGGAAUUGUACAGUGGGGAGUUGGGGAUCUAACAAAAUAAAAAUGUCAAUGACAAAGCCGCUUUAAACAUUUACAAGCGCUUGUUUUGUCUCGGAAAAAUUUCCCCACAAUAUUUAUUUUUGUUCCUUUUAAAAGAAACUAACUAAUUUACCAUGCUGCAUGAGCAUUCUGGCUGCCUAACUGAGAGUUUUUAGGGGCUGUCAUAGAGCUGCAUCUAUUAUUUACACAUAACUGCAGUUCUCUCACCACCACUAUAAACUAUACAAAAAGCAAAAUUGUGAUGGUGCUUCGUGACACUUUUAAAGCUAACUUACUACUAAGACUGUUACUGCAAACUGCAUGAUUUUCUGCUGCCUUUUGUCAAAGGUACCGUCUAAGCAUGUAAACUAACAGAGCUAUGAAAUUUUAUGUGGAAAUAAAGCCAUAAUUUAAUUUUUUUUUUUGUGUGAAAAGAAAGCAGAAAUCAGUUAAUUGUUUUAUACUUACAUCUAGUAGGAAACAAGUUACUGAAUGUUAAAAAUAAAAUCAUAAGUACUUUGUAAUUUUGUUUUUUCAUUUUAGCACUGCUACAGUUCUUCUGCGGCAUAAAAUAUAAGUGAAUGUGUCUCUUUAAGAUGGCCUUUUUGUGUAUUGUAAUACAUGGAUUAAAAUGUUCUAUCUGUUAAGAACUGUGCCUAGGACAGGAGUAGGCAACCUUUGGCACUCCUGAUUUUGUGGACUACAUCCCCCAUAAUGCUCUUACACCCAUAAUGCUGGCAAAGCAUCAUAGGAGGUGUAGUCCAAAACACCUGCAGUGCCGAAGGUUGCCUAUGCCUGGCCUAUCUCUGUGAAUAAAGCAAUGCCAGCGUCAAACCAGCUUGCUACUUUUUGUUUUAGGGAGUGACCUACUGUGGUGAGAGUUCUGCCAGCAAUUUAACCAUGGCUAAUGUGCCUUGGCACGAAGAGGUCAUUCGCUUUGUACAAGAGUUAGCUGAUCUGUUACCGGACUAUGAAAUUGCUUGUGAACAUGAACAUUCAAACUGCAUGCUGAUUGCUCAUAAAAAGGUAGGUAAUUUUUUUUUUUUUUUUUAAAUCCUAGCCAUUGUAAAUAUAAUAGUGACAAACUUAAAAGGAACACUCCAGCAGUGUAACAUUGACAGAUGUAGUAUACAGAAAUUAUAUAAUUAAUGCACUCACAGAUGUAAAAUUUAGUAGUGCUUUGAGUAUGUCAAAUUACUGUGUAUAGAUUUUAGAUAUUUUAGAUUUUAAAAAAGUGUGUUCCUUUUCCUUCUUGCUUAUCAUGAGGUUAUAUAGCAAUAUAAAUGCAAAAUGGUACUGGACUCAACACUCCACCCUCCCCCCCAAUUCCAACAAUUACAUAAUAUAGCUGGACAUUAUUGCCUGCAGUAGAGGCUCCAGAGAUAGUUUGAAAAGGAGUGGCAAAAGUGGACACCCCCGGCGUGUUCAAUUUUCUACAGGAAAUAAUGGCGAGGGAAUGUUCGGUAGACUUAAAGCGCUCAUGGGAGAGUCAUAUGUUAUGAAGCUUAAAAGGUUAGUGGAAAGCUAACGUCAGUGAGCAUCAGGAACGGAAACAAGUGCUGCCUUAUCCACAUCAAAUUUAGAGCAAGUGGUACAUGCUUGUGUUGGGCAUACCAAUGAGCUCCACGUGUUGUCAGCUGCUUGGUGAUUUGGAAUCAAUUGUUCUUGAUCCAGGUGGAUCAGUUUCUUUAA